AUGCGGUUGAAGCGUAAAAGAAAGCGAAGAGCCAGGGCCAGAAGGAAACAGCGAGAACAGCAAAGUAGACAGCAGGAAGUAGCUCCACAUCAAGCCCCAAAUGUACCUGCAGCUCCCGAAAUUCGUGCACCGAAGGAGGGAGGAAUGAAGGCCACUUUUGAUCCGAAUUACCAAACACUUGCAGGACUUAAUAAUGACGAAGUCUUCCAACCAAAGGGAGGUGGCGCAGGAGAUUUCGGUGGUGGCAAACUGAAUAUAAGACCACCCGCAGAAGGGGGAAGGAAAGUGGCAACAUUUGAUCCAAAUUAUCAAACACUAGCUGGAUUGAAUAACGAGGACGUUUUCAAACCAAAGGGCGGGGGUGACGCUUUUGGUGGUGGUGCAGGUGCUGGUGGGCGGUUGAACAUCAGACCACCAGCCGAAGGAGGCAAGAAAGUGGCAACAUUCGAUCCCAACUACCAGACUUUA